UAUACAAUGUGUGAAAAUUCAUAAAAAUGAAUACAAGUUUAGGGAUGUAACUAAGAAUAUAUUGGUGUUUUGAUUCAAAAUCAUUCUUACAUAUUUUGAAUAUGGCUAACAUAUAUAUAUUUUUUUAAUUUUUAUUUUAACGUCAGAUUAUAUCUAACGAUUACAAUAGUGGAGAAUUGGAAAGAGUAGUUUAUAACUUUUUUUUUUAUCUUGCAUCAUGAUUUAACGAAAGCAGGAAAGAAUUGCCUCCUGAAGCUCCUGAUGGAUAGUAUGGGAACUUGUUACAUCAUGGCAAACCAAGUUCUUAAAUCUUUGUGGGAAACACUCGCAUCAAAUGUGUCAAGUAUAUUUCGCCAUGCUGAAGAUUCAUAUCGCAAAAAUGGAACCAUGGCCAGUCUCAUCAACCAAGUUUUAUUUUUUAUGCUCUGUGAUUGCUGGUUUUGUCCUGAAGACAGGCUGACUGGCUUAUAUUGUCUAUUAUUUUAUAAUGUUAUAGGUUAUCUCUUUGCUUAUGCAGAUCGCCUUCUUUGUCUACAUGACUACUCGCCUGUUAUUCAUGUUUCUGAACAUUCUAAUAUAAGGCAUCUGGCUAUGACUGCUACGAAGAUUGUUUUAGAUCUAGCAAAAGUGGUAACUUUUGCAAUCACUGGGGUAUUUGUAUUACUUGUAUUUGGUCUCGAACAGGGUUUAGAGCACUUUAGUCCAACAUGGGGUUAUAUUAUUAUUACUGCUAUAUAUUACAUUAUAACAGAGCCGACUUGCCAUAAAAAGGCCAACACAUUAUUAAUAAAAUUGCAGUUAGAUUGCUUAGAAAAUUUAGAAUUAUUGUGGUGUCCUAUAUUGUUACGUAUAUUUUCAUCUCUUGCAUCUGUUUUAAUGAUUACUAUUGUGUGGUUUUUUACUGAUGGAGGUUGGCUUCUAAUAUUUUCAUCAGGUUAUAUUAAUGUAUAUUUAUGUCUGAAAGAAAUGGGUGAUCACUGGAAUGUUUUGCUAAUGGAAAAAUCAGUUUUGGAUAAGUAUCGCUAUGCUACCAAGGAAGAAGUGAGUGAGAGAGAUGAUGUUUGUGCAGUAUGCUUGCAAUCAAUGAGAAGAGCACGAGUAACACCUUGCAAACACAUGUUUCAUGGUGAAUGUCUGAGGCGUUGCCUGAAGCAGCAAACUAUAUGCCCAAUGUGUAAGCAAAAUUUGUAAUAAUCUGUAUAAUCAAAAUGCUUAGGACCAUUUAAAAAGCUGAUUUUUUUUUACAUCAUGUGAAAAAUAUAAGCAAUGAUGAAUUUGAAGCAAAAAUUGUAGUAAUUGUCACCACUGCUUGUUAAGAAAUAUAAGAAAUCUAAUUUGCCUCUUUCGUGUUAGAGAGGCGGAAAAAAAUCUGGUCUUUGAUUUAUGAUUUGUGUUGUAGAUCACUGAUGCAAAAUUGCAUUUGAUAUGAUAAAUUUGAUAGAUAGUGGUAUGUUUUUAACAAAAUGAAUGUAAUAUAAAUUUACAAAUUUCAGUUCAGUUGAAAAUCUUGUGUUUUAUCUGGAAGAAAAAAAAAUAUAUAUAUAUUGUGUCCUUUAGUUUUGAAUUUUUAUGGUGCAUAAUUUUAGUUUACUUAAGAUACUGUAUCAUUUUUAAAUACAUUCUUCUUGAAAUAAACUGCAGAUUUUUUUUCUAGUCAAGGCCAUUCAAUGCAAUGUAUAACUUGCUUGAGAACUAGUCUCUAUUUGUAUAUUUUACCCAGUAAUAAUUAAUGUUUAGUAUGUAUGUUGUUCUCUCACUUUAGUUCAUGCUUCAGCAAAAUCAUGUUUGAAACAAUAGUCAUUUAACUUUUAUACACUAAUAUCAUAAGUGAAGAAAUAUUUAGCAAUGCUGUUUAUGAUUGCAGUGAUAAAUAUGAAUUCUGAAAGUCCUUUUUUAUAAAAAUAAUUGUUGAUUAUUUAUUUUGACACUGAGUAAAGAAUUUUUGAUAACAAAGUGAAUAUACUGUAGAUUAGAAUAUUGAAACAAAACAAGCUAUCAUAUAACUAAUUGUGUUAUGACAGAUAUACUUCUAAUCUAUGGAAAUGCCAUUGCAUGAUGUCAUUGUUGGUAUUCCCAAUGAAACUGUCACCUGUAGUCUCUGUUUUGUAUUCUGAUACAUGACUACUUAUCUGUGUAAUCUUUCACAAAACAUAACUUUUGAAUUUCUGUAAAUAGCAUUGUUAUACAUUUGUCAGAUACCUGAGAAUGUGCACAGUUUAUAUCGUCUUUCCAGCUUGUGCACAAAUUUCAUAAUUAAUUUACUUAACUUAGAAAUUAAAGCUGAUGAAUAAAGAGCAAAUGGACUGGAAACAUUUUUUUUUCAUAAUGUUUUUCUUAAUUUUUUAAAAAUAUGUGAUCUGAGAGAUAAUAUUAAUAAUAUAGGCAAAGAGAAAUAUGUGGUUUGAAAUAUUUUAAAAAUUCAAAUUCUUUUAAGUUGUUUAAAAAUAUUUCAUCCUGUUAAGCUAAGGUAGCGGGUAUGUGAUAGUGACUAAAAAUAUUUUGCCAUUUUGCUUUAAUGUUUCUCUAACCAUACCACUGAGACAUAUAUUUCUUGUAUACAGUUCUGAUUUCAUUUAUUUUAGAACCAAGCAUGUGUUUAAAGUGUACUUAAAAUUAAUUCAGUAAUUUUAAACAACUUUUUAUGCUUUAGUGGAUUAAUCGAGCAUUAACAAUGACAAGAACAGACUGCUCUUUAGAUUUUAACCUUUUAUGAAAGUUCAAGUGUGAAUAUAUUUUUCAGUUGUAAAUUAAAUUAUAUUUAAAAUUUAAAAAGACUGCUUACUUUUAUUUGAUUUAUAUUUUAAAUAUAAACCUCUUUAAUAAUUUAGCCAAAAAAUAUCUGUUUUUUUACAUAUUUUGAUCUCAAGAUAUUUUCUUAAAUUUACAGUAGUCAUUUUACUUAAAUUUUUAAAAGAAUGAAAUGCAAUUAGUUGAAUAGUAAUAUUAAUCAUGUAAUAUUAGAGUGCUGAAUAUUGUUUUAUGUAGGAAUAAUUACAUUUGAUCCUUACAUAUUCAUGAAGUUCUCUAAUGUCUUAAAGUCAAAUUUGCUGUAUUUUAGAUAUGCAAAAGAGCAAUUGUUUGAAAGACAAAUGCUAUGUUUUUGCUAAUCAUUAUUAAUUUAUAUUAUGAUAGACCUUAAUAUGAUAAGAAUGUGGUUGUGCAUGUUCAAAUUAAGUGAACUUUCAGUCUAGAACGCUGAAGAAGGAAUGAUUCCUAGAAUACUUUCGAUAAUUUCUACCAAAAUUAGACAGUUUUAUUACUUAUAGAUUCAUAUUAGAAGAAUUCACCGUAUAUAUUUUUGCAAGUCUUAGUAUUUUGUAAUCAUAAUGCUUUAUUGUAUGUGUAUUAUGUUGGGAUAUGAAUUUAUACUAUAUCAUCUUUAUUAUAAUUUAUUUAGAUAUCUUCAGCUUGUUGAAAUGUUAAAAAAUAUCUAUCUUUUUAAGCAUCUAAAAGUUUUAUAAUUUCCUUCAGAUUGAAUUAAUUUGAAAUAUGUAAAAAGGUUGUAAAUUUUAUUAUUUUCCAUACAUUUAUUUUUCUUAAGUAAAUAUAUUACUGAGGAGGAUACUGGUGGUUUCAAAUCAGUUUUGAAUAUGUAGAAAAGCAAUUUUUAAAUUCAAAUAUAUAUAUCAUUAAGUUUUCUGUGAAAAGAUGCUACAUAACUAUAUUAUUAUUGCAGGUAUGGAUUUUUAUAUCCAUUCUUUAAAAAAUAAAUUUUGUAUUGUGUAAGGCAAUGGUGUCUAACUGGGAGCUCCCGAAGUAGUUUUAUGCAGCCCAUAAAUGCAUAUCAAUUAUGUAUUUGUUCUAACUAUGGUGUUGCAAAAUUUCAAGAUUUUAGUUAUUUCAAAUCCAAAUUUACAAUAUUUUCAUUAUCUUUUUGAAAAUUAAUAAGAAAAAAAAAACUAAUUCAUGAUUCUACAGUUUAGAAAUUACUGGUAAUUUGUUUAUCUUUAAUUUAAAUUAAGUUAUUUACUAAGCAUGUUAGAAUUAUUUUGAAAGAAAUGUCAUUCUGAAAACUUGGUAGUUAGCUGUCAGUAUAUUUGAAUUACAAAUUGUAACCAACAAAAAUGUCUUGCAAAUACUAAACUUUAGAUAUCAGAUAAAAAAUAAAUUUGAAUAUUUUCCCCCUUUGUAAUAUUAUUGUUAAUGUCUGUUUUAGUUAAGUAUUCAGCAUGUGAAAUUUAAAACAUAAUUAAAAUACUUUUUCAUUUUGUUAAUAAAAAAGUUCAUUAAAAAAAUUUAAAAUAACCUCUGGCCUAUAAGUUGUUUUCACAUCAUGCAUUUGGCCGAUAUGCAAUUUGAAUUCAAGACCACUGUAUUAAAAAAAGUCUUUAUUUUCAGUGUAAUAUUUCCUUCUAUGUAUAUUUAACUAGUAUUGUGUGUGUUUAACAUGUAUUUUAAGAUUUUGCAUUUAAAUAAUUGCUUAAUUUUUAUUACUGAUGUUAUAAUGCAUUACAAAGUAAUAGGUUUUCUGUUGGAAUGCUUUCUACAGAAAAGUACUACAAAGCAGUUUAAAAAAGCGUUAGUGUUAUGCAUGCAUUUUUCUGUAUUAAAAAUUUUAAUCCAGGAGUAAAAACGUUUUUAGUUAAUCUAUAUGAGAAAACAAUAUGAAUUGUAUGUGUUAUUGUUAAAAGUAGUGAUGCAGUUAAGCUACUUUGAAAAUAAUAUUUCAUUAUAAACGGAUGCAGAUUGCAGUAUAACUAUCUAUUCAACUGAUGAAAUGUUUGUGAUAUGAAAUUUUAGAAAUAUGUACAAGGAUCUAAAAUGUAAUAAAUGUUUGUCUAAAAAA